ACAACAAGAACAACAACAAAUCCUCUCGUUUUUGUUUUUGAAACCUCGCUAUAUUUUUUUAGUCCAAACCACCUGAAGGUGUGAGGGUGAGGGACAGACAGGAAAGCGGGGAGGACGAAGGGGAGGAAGGAGAGACGGAGAGAGGGAGAGUGGAGAGGCGCUGAGAGUCCCGAGGCAGCAGGAAGGGUGCAGGCACUGCCGCUGAGAGGAGAUCGAGAGACAGGGGGUGCACUUGACAACCAGCAUGCAGAGAUGUCAGAAGAGGCAGAAGUGGAUGUGAGAGACAGACACACACAGAGACACAGAGAGCGAAAGAGGGCAAGAGACUUGACUUUAAGAGACUCCUGCACUGACAACUCCAUGCAGUUCGGAACAAGAACGGCAGCGACCGACUCUGGUUUCAUGGGGACAUGGCAGAACACUGACACUAACCUCCUGUUCAGAAUGUCCCAACAGGCCAUCCGCUGUACACUGGUAAAUUGCACGUGUGAAUGUUUUCAGCCAGGGAAGAUUAACCUGAGAACCUGUGAUCAGUGUAAACAUGGCUGGGUGGCACAUGCCUUGGACAAGCUUAGUACUCAGCACCUCUACCACCCAACCCAAGUGGAGAUCGUGCAGUCCAACGUUGUGUUUGACAUCAGCAGCCUGAUGCUUUAUGGUACCCAGGCUGUGCCGGUUAGACUGAAGAUACUACUUGACCGACUCUUCAGUGUACUGAAGCAAGAGGAGGUGUUGCAUAUUCUACAUGGCUUAGGAUGGACACUUCGAGACUAUGUUCGAGGCUACAUUCUUCAGGAUGCUGCAGGCAAGGUGCUGGACCGCUGGGCCAUAAUGUCCAGGGAAGAAGAGAUCAUUACCCUUCAGCAGUUCCUGAGAUUUGGAGAAACCAAAUCCAUUGUGGAGCUGAUGGCAAUUCAAGAAAAAGAAGGGCAGGCUGUGGCUGUGCCAUCUUCAAAGACAGAUUCAGAUAUAAGGACUUUUAUUGAAAGCAAUAAUCGCACCAGGAGCCCAAGUCUCCUUGCUCACCUGGAGAAUAGCAACCCUUCCAGCAUUCAUCAUUUUGAAAACAUCCCGAAUAGUCUUGCAUUCCUGCUACCAUUCCAAUACAUAAAUCCAGUCUCUGCUCCACUGUUGGGGCUGCCUCCAAAUGGCCUCCUGCUGGAACAGCCAGCAAUGAGGCUCCGUGAGCCAAGCCUUACAGCUCAAAAUGAAUAUAAUGAGAGCAGUGAAUCUGAAGUUUCACCCACGCCUUUCAAGAAUGAGCAGGCGUCCAGCAGGAAUGCUUUGACCAGCAUCACAAAUGUUGAACCCAAAACUGAGCCACCCUGUGUCUCUCCUGUUCAGACACCUACGCCUGUCAAUGAUUUAUCGAAAACGGAACAUACUAAAAGUUCAUUCCGCAUUCACAGAAUGAGGAGAAUGGGGUCUGCCUCUAGAAAAGGAAGAGUGUUUUGUAAUGCGUGUGGCAAAACUUUCUAUGACAAAGGUACACUUAAAAUCCACUACAAUGCCGUUCACCUGAAAAUCAAGCACCGGUGCACUAUUGAGGGCUGCAACAUGGUCUUCAGCUCUCUCAGAAGCCGCAAUCGUCACAGUGCUAACCCUAACCCCCGCCUCCACAUGCCUAUGCUAAGAAAUAACCGAGACAAAGAUCUAAUUCGUGCUACAUCAGGUGCUGCCACCCCAGUCAUAGCAAGUACAAAAUCCAACCUAACUUUAACAAGCCCUGGGCGUCCCCCAAUGGGAUUUACCACUCCUCCUCUAGAUCCUGUAUUACAGAAUCCUCUUCCCAGUCAGCUGGUGUUUCCAGCUUUAAAGACUGUUCAACCCGUUCCUCCUUUUUACAGAAAUUUACUUACUCCUGGAGAAAUGGUGAGUCCUCCAACCUCCCUUCCUACCAGUCCAAUAAUACCAGCAGCGAGUGGCAUGGAGCAGCAUCCCCCUCCUCCUACAGAGUCAUCAGUACCAUCAGUGCUGAUGCCCACCUCAGAGCCUAAUGCUGACCUUGCCCCUAAGAAAAAGCCAAGGAAGUCAAGCAUGCCAGUUAAAAUAGAAAAGGAAGUUAUUGAUACUGCCGAUGAAUUUGAUGAUGAAGAUGAAGAGGUGAAUGACAGCAGCACAAUGGUAAAUGACAUUGGUCAUGACAAUCACUGCCAUUCUCAGGAAGAAAUGAGCCCAGGCUUGUCUGUGAAAGACUUUUCCAAAACUGACAGAAGCAGAUGCAUUUCCAGACCAGAUAUAAGAAGAGCAGACAGUAUGACAUCAGAAGACCAGGAGCACGAGAGAGACUAUGAAAAUGAGUCUGAAUCGUCAGAGCCCAAACUGUGUGAAGAAUCCAUGGAAGGUGAUGACCGCCUCCAUGAACCUGUUGAAAAAUCUAUGAUGCACAGUGACAGACCAGAUGAAAACCACAAUGACUCUUCUAACCAGGAUGUCAUUAAGGUGAAGGAAGAGUAUACAGACCCUACAUAUGAUAUGUUCUACAUGAGCCAAUAUGGACUGUACAAUGGAGGAAGUGCCAGUAUGGCUGCCCUUCAUGAAAGUUUUGCUUCCACGUUCAACUAUAACAGCCCUCAGAAAUUCUCCCCAGAAGGUGAAAUGUGCUCAAGCCCAGACCCCAAGAUCUGCUAUGUGUGCAAGAAGAGUUUCAAGAGUUCCUACAGUGUGAAGCUUCACUACAGAAAUGUUCAUUUAAAAGAGAUGCAUGUCUGCACGGUGGCUGGCUGUAAUGCUGCGUUCCCAUCACGGAGAAGCAGAGACAGACACAGUGCUAAUAUAAACCUGCACCGUAAACUGUUGACCAAAGAACUGGAUGACAUGGGCCUGGACUCCUCACAGCCUUCUCUUAGUAAGGACCUUCGUGAUGAAUUUUUGGUGAAGAUAUAUGGCGCUCAGCAUCAAAUGGGGCUUGACAUAAGGGAAGACACCUCCUCGCCUGCUGGUACUGAGGAUUCCCAUAUGAAUGGGUACAGCAGGGUCAUGUCAGAAGACUAUAUGGUUCUAGACCUGAGCACCACCUCCAGCAUCCAGUCGAGCAGCAGUAUCCAUUCCUCAAGAGAAUCUGAUGCAGGAAGUGAUGAGGGCAUUCUCCUGGAUGACGUCGAUGGGGCAAGUGACAGCGGGGAAUCUGCCCACAAAGCAGAUGCCCCUGCCUUAGCUGUAGGUAUGGGCACUGAUGUCCCAGGAUCCCUCAUGUUCAACAGUGUUUCGGUGAGCAACGGUGGGAUAAUGUGUAAUAUUUGCCACAAAAUGUACAGCAACAAGGGAACGCUCAGAGUUCACUAUAAAACAGUGCACUUGCGAGAGAUGCACAAAUGCAAAGUCCCUGGGUGCAACAUGAUGUUCUCCUCUGUCCGUAGCCGAAACCGGCACAGUCAGAAUCCCAACCUACAUAAAAACAUUCCCUUCACUUCAGUAGAUUAGUUCAAAGAUGGACACAGCAUAAUGUCAGCUCUCAGAGAGGGCCCACCACAUUUGAACUGCCAUAUACAGCCUCCCUUGAUAUAUAUAUAUAUAUAUAUAAAAAUAUACAUAUAUAUAUAAUCUUUUUCUUUUCUUUUUUUAACAAAAGAAAGAAACACCAGGUGCUUUUUUCCCUUUGUUGGUCAUUGGUUUAUUUUUUUCUUUUUUUUUGGGGGGGGGGGGAUAGAAACAAAAAGGUGGGAUCUUUAAUCUAGGGUAAGAUAUCCUUCAAGGAAAAAAAAAAAAAAAAAAAAAAAGCAAACAAAAACAGAAAACAAACCCACAGAAAACUUGCGGUUAUCCCUAGUUCUGUUAGAAUGUUCUUGGUCAUCUCCAAAGAGACAAUUUGUUCUACCCAUGAUUUUCUGAUUUUCACCUGAAAAAAAAAAAAAAAAAAAAAAAAAAAAAAAAAAAAAAAAAAAAAAGCAAAGAAAAAAAAGGAAGAAAAAAUCGACUUAGUUGUCUUUGUGUCUUCUAAGCAUUGGGGAUAACGUUCUACUAAGCAUGGCUGUUACACUUGUAUAUAUAUAUUGAGCCUUGACAGGCCUAUGAUGUAAAACAAUUGUAUUGAUGGUGGUUUAACUCUUUUUUUUUUUUUUUUUUUUUUUUUUUUUUUUUUUUUUUUUUGGCUUAAUUUUUACAGUUACAUUCAGCUGUUAGAUAAGCAGGAAAAAUAGUUUGCUGGCUAGUUCUACUCAUUUAUGUUAGCUUUAAUGCACAUUUUUAAAAGAACCACGGUCUUGUUUUAACUACCUGCUAGAUAUAAGUAAUACAGAGGUGCUGGCAUGCUUUACAGUACCUGAUCUGAUACCAUUUUUUUGUCUUGUACUAUUACAUAAAUCCAGUCAUGCACUUUUUCGUACACUACGAGGGGAUGUGUAAUAAUAUCCAUGCUUUUUUUUUCUUAAACUAUUGCCAUACUUUCAGUAAGUGUCUUUAAAAAAAUACACUUAGAUAAAAGUGGUCUGGUCAGUAUGAGGGCAUGAAUGCCAAACAAAGAGUAUUAGUGUUUAGUGUUAAUACAAAAGUGCCAACUUUGCACACAUUUUGAAAAAAAGAAAAUGUAGUUACUUAUUCACCAUAACCACAGUUGUAGUUUUUGGACUACAGUAAAAAAUACUGAGGAGAGAAACGGGGUAAAGUGAAAUACAGAAUUCUUGGUGCUUUUUUCAAGUGCCAACUAUUACUAGAAACAAUAGAGCAUCCUCAUUCCGUAUAUAAUGCAUUACAUGAAAGAAAAAAACAGAAUUGUGUCACGUGAAUUGGUGUAAACUCUUUUUUUUUGUUGAACAUGCAUAAUAUUUGGGGAUAUAAAUGCUGAUACUACUUGUCACGGAACAAAGAUGAAUAUAAUUUUGUGUGCUUCUUACUAUGGCCUGGAUUUUUUGUGGUGUUUAAAAAAAAAAAAAAAAAAAAAGGAACAGGGAAAUAAUGUUAACUAUGUUAACUAUGUUGUUCUGUAAAGUUGUCUUUUUUUGCAAUGGAAAGUUCUGUAGUAUGAUUAAGGCAUGUUUUAUAGAAGCAAUCAAAAGAUGUUAAAGGCAGAAGCACUUAGAAGCUCUGAGAACACAUGCUGGAAUUUUUAUUGGGUAACUUUCCCUUUGGAUAAAUUGCAGAUCAGAAAAAAAGGAUUUCUAGUUGUGUUAAUGUUUUGUGUUUCACCCACAUGGUUUGUCAGAAAAGAAUCAAAGCCCAAGAAAUAGAGCCAGCAAGAGAGAGAGCAAGGGCAGGAAAGGGAGAAGGAGCUAGCCAUUGGGAAAGACAGAGAGAAUGAGAAGCUGUCCUCUGAAUCGUUUUUGUUUCCGCUGUUUACACAUGUUGCUUGAGCUGGUAAACCACACUGGCAGGCUGCAUUACCACAACAUACUGAUUGAGUGAUUGUAUUUACUUACGUUCAGUCUACAGCCAAAACCAUUGUUGUAGACUCUUCUUUACAGAAACACUAGCAAAACAAACAAACAAACAAAAAAGCAAAAACAUAGCAAAACAAAAACUUGCAAAAUAAGGGAUAUUUCAGCAUCCAAUAAAAUAUUUGAUCAUUGAGAAUGUGUUCCUUUUCUGUACUCGCUGACCCAGAAUAUUAGCCCAGAGUCAGAAAUGCUCCUAUGCUUCAGCUUGUGGCUGUUUUUAUUUGUUGUGCAUUUUGAUCAUUCUUAUCUUUAUGUCCACAUCAGUACUUACUCCUGUUACAUUUUUCUAGAGGAACAUCUUAAUAUGGAUUUCCUCUUUUACAGUACUCUUUAUGCAUUUCUGUACUCUUGUUUCCAAAAGCAGCAAUCGAUAGCUAAUAAAUCAGUAUUUUCAGCUGUAGGAAGAAGAGAAAAAUCUUUCUAAGGUAAUUCUCACUGUGCUUCUGUGGGUUAUAAGCCUGUGAUCAUUUUUUGAUGCUGUGUACUGGUGAAGUCCAGAAAACUUUUGUGAAUCCCACAGAAACUAUAAUGAAACUUUACCCACUGGUUUAACAAAAAAAAAGUUUAUAGCAAAAGCAAGGCCGUUUCACUAACUGUUUUUCUUUCAUCUUUUUUAUUUUUCCUUGAAGUCUCUACUAUUUUCCCUUGUUAAAUUGAAUCUAGAGAUCUGCUUUGCUUUGUUUUACGUUGUGCAAGCUCAAUGUGUUAGUGACAGAGGAAAAUUAGCAUAGUUAAGAUGCAUUCCUCUAAAACACUUGAUCUUUUGUAAGGUUACCUGCACUGCACUCCUGUCCCUCCUGCCAGGCUACUAGGAACUAAGACAGAAAGUCUAAAAACCAAUAUGACAAAAAAGUGAAUGAUUUCUACAGGGAAAACAAAACAACAGAAAACAAACAAACAAACAAACAAAACUGUUUUGAACUAUGUAUGCUAUAAAUAAAUAUUGUUUUUAAUCAAAAUCACUUGAGGUAUAUAAAUAAUUCCUCACUGAAUGGUUCUGCAUUCUCAUUUCAUUCUCUUUCUGUUAGAGGUCAAAUGAUUUUGGAAAAAUUGUUUGGAAAAGUAAAUAUCAUCUGUAGAUAAAUUCAGCAGAUUAUUUACAUAGGAAAAAAUUUGUUUAUUACAGAAAAUCAAACAACAUUUUUUAAAAAAAGUAAAAGAGCAGGCACAAACCUUCAAAAACUGCAGUCCUUCUUUUAUGGCAUCCUAAAUUUCAUUCAGAUUAUGCUUAAGCCCUAUGAGGGCAAGUAGGAAUUUUAUUAUGGACAGAAUAUUUCCCUCUGUCAUUUCUAAAUGACUCAAAGUGCUUUUUCAGCGGUAGAGACACUAAUGUCAGGUUUUAGGAGGGCACACAAACUAUUAUAUAAUUGAGUGGUAUUUCAGUCCAUCCUAUUUACCAAGCAUCUUCAUGAAAAUCUGUAUUUGUCAGAAGCGUUCCUGUGUUAGAAUUUGUAUUCCCUGAAAUUAUAUGAACAAGGAUGAAGAAAGAGCUGGAUGGUAGAAGUUUGGUUUUACUAAUAAAAUUAACAAAAUAUCUAGCAUUCCUAGGGGAUCUCAGCAGAGAACCACACUGCAACAAGCACGAAGACUAAACUUCCCACUAAUGCAGCACAAGGCAUGACUGUAACGAUGUGAUGAUGACAAGUGUUGGACAGUUGCUUGUGCCAUCAUAAUCCCAUGGCUAGUCCUUCAGUUUUCAAAUUUGCCAGUCCUAUUUUUAUUUUUCUUACAAGAAUUAGAUUGAAUUUGAGGAAUUUGAGUUGUAUAGAGACUCUUCGUUUUACAUGAAAUAGGUUCUUUGUUGUUUGGUUCCUAUAGUUAUUCCUGACAUGGUUUUCACAUUAUUUUACUGGUUUUUUUCAUUCAAAAUAGUCGUAUUUUUCUGUAAAUAUCAAACAGGAUUUGUCUUCUUCAAGUAAAUAACUCCACAUACUGAAUCUCUUCUGGAAUCAAAAUUACUUUCUUCUUAAGCAUUUUUUUUUCUUUCAGAGAGCUUUUCUUUUCCUUUUUCUUUUUCUUUCUUUUUUUUUUUCUUUUUUUUUUUAAGAAAGUGUGUGAUGCCAGUUAAUUACCAAGUAAUUUUUGAAAAACUGUAUCAAAUAAUUUAGAAGGAAAAUAGCAGAGUACUAGUACAAGAAUGGGAACCAGGACUUGAACAUCCACAAUAGCGGUGGCCCUUCUCACUGUUUAGUUUUUGACAGAUCAUAUCUCACAAAUGUUUGUGUUUUUCUCUGUUAAAAUACAGCUAUCACAGAUAUGAUCUUAGUCUAAAACCAAAUUGUUGAAGAACUAAUUUAUAUCAAUUUAAUAUUUUUGCACACCUUACCAUAUUUAGUCAGUUUCCCUGCUCCAGAAAUAAUGCCUCCUAUUUAUUUCCCUGGAAACUACAACAAAUUCAAAGAACACAAUAGCAGUAUUUGAUGAUAGAGCAGAUUCUCAGCUGCAGAACACUGCUUUUCAACACUGCUACUGUCAUUAGCUACGCAUUUUUGCCAGGCUUGUAAAAAUCUGCACCAGCAGAAGUGACCCGCUGUUGCUGUCACCACUGCUGAGAUGCACCACUCACAACCUCACUGUGACCACAUGAACUGUUAGGUUUCUAUAAACGUUUGGCAAGCAACAAUGAAUGCCAAUGGGUGCCAUUUUUUUCCACAUGGAGAAACUCAGUGACACACCUUUGCUUCAUACGCACUUCCAUGUCAGAUGCCACUCUGUCAGACUGCGCCUCUGCUGCCAUCUGUCACACACCAACAACAUGUGAUGGAAUAUUGGUGGGAAGGUUCAGUCUCCACUGGCAUAACAUCAACAUCCACAUCUGACAUCAUGGGACAACAAAAUGAAAUAGGAGGCCUUAAUUUCAGAGCAGCUCUCCUAUAUCUCAAUCAGAUACAUUUUGUUAUGGCUGAGAUUUCAACUGUCUCUUAAACUGCAUCUGGCUCCAUGGUGACACUGCAGUAGCACGUACAAACUAUAAGCACUCUGCCACUGAGUCACAAUUGAACUUGAUACAAUUUGGAAAGUAUGGAUUAGAAAGUUAGCACAGUACUUAGAGGUUCUUCACGCCUAGGUUCAUAAAGUUUGUGUUUCCCACAUACUUUACAUAGCAGAAAUUGUCCACCAUAUUUGCUGUGAGUAAACUACAGUGUUCCUUCCGUUCUUCCUUCCUUCCUUCCUUCCUUCCUUCCUUCCUUCCUUCCUUCCUUCCUUCCUUCCUUCCUUCCUUCCUUCCUUCCUUCCUUCCUUCCUUCCUUCCUUCCUUCCUGCCUUCCUUCCUGCCUUCCUUCCUGCCUUCCUUCCUGCCUUCCUGCCUUCCUGCCUUCCUGCCUUCCUGCCUUCCUGCCUUCUUGCCUUCCUGCCUUCCUGCCUUCCUGCCUUCUUUCUUUCUCUGCUUAUUCUGAAUGUUUAUAUUUUCCAUCACCUUUGCAUUUCCCAUUUCAUCCCCAAAAAAGAGCUUUAGGAAAAACAAGUCAGGUAUGGAACAGGAGAGCAGCUGCCAGGGGAGGCCAGCACCUCUGUCAGUCCAGUCCAGUCUGGCUCAUAGGAAAUGAGACUGCAGGCAUCCACUUCAGUUUUUUCUGAGUUUUAGGCUUCUCAAUUAAACCAGUUAAGGAUCUAGCAUAGCUAAUUAUGUGGGGCAGGAAUGUGCCUAAACAGCAAGACAAAGAGCUGUGUGAUUAUCUGAAAAGAUCAGAAAUGUAAUGAUACAUGGUUCAAUCUGUUCCAAAGACAGGAACCACUUACAAGACUGAGAUUUAGUUCCAAAGUUUUCUCUUUCCUUGCAUUUGGUAAUUUAACAUGAAAGCAUGUGGUUUAGUCCUGUUUUUCACAGGAUUGUUAGGAAUCUCUGCCACCAUCAGAAAACACGGCAUCUUUUAAGAAUAUAUUUUUACUCAGAUUCUGCAGAACAUUUUCACAUCUUUGGUGACCAGAGAAGGAAUAAGGGAGGGAAAUGCACACGUGCUCCUUGAAAUGUUAGGUGCAAGUCACGUGAAGAUAAUUAUUAGUCCUUCUUCAUCCCAAGAAUGUUUAUGUCACUCCUCUUUGGGUUGUAUUAACAGAAUUAUUCAUUUUUAUUUCAAAACAAAACAAAACAAAACAAAAACAAAAAAACAGCAAAAGCAUCUAUAGUAAGAGCAAGGAGGCAGCAGGAGUUCUCUGUGAGGAGAAGGUGAGUGGCAGACACAUUAUGGCAGCUGGUAUAUGUCCAGUUCCUUCUUAAAUUUGUUUUCUUAUGUCACUACUUUGCUACUAUAGUAACUCAACAAAACAGUGACUCUUCUGCUACUUUGCAAGAUAAGCAUCAGCAUAUCCUGCUGUCGCCACAUGAUGAGUUGGGUUUUUUUCCCCCUCCUGUAGGGACAUAAAAGGAACUCUUUUCCAUACCCAUUUUUUCUUUAGAGCAACAUCAUAUGAUGGACUGAACCUUUCACCCACAUGUUUGCCCAAGUACAUGUCUGCUCCAGUCCCACGAUUUCUGUCUCUUCUUGCCAAGCAGCAUUAUCACUGCCUUUGAAAUGGCCUGCAACAGACUGAAGCAGCAACUUUUUUUACAUGAGUAAUAUUAUCUUGAAUCGGUAGUUAACUAGUCUUCAUGUGGCUUGUUUUCUGCAGUCAAGCCAUGAUCUUGAAUGACAGUUUGAGUGACAGCUUUGAUUUUUAUAUUGAACAUGUAUAUCUCAAUACUGUUGCUGUUAUGUUCGGUAUUGGCACUGAAAAGAAAGCAUUUCUUGGCCAUGGAAGGGUUAAAAAAUGGACAUGUUUUUGACAAGUCCUCUGACUUUUGCCAGUAUUAUUGUUCAUUAUGAUGACACUGUAUUUUUUUUUUUAAUAGCAGCUGUAGUUGUCAUAAAACUAUUUUCCCAUUCCUCUCCUUUAAAGUGUGGUGUUGUAAAUUCAUGUGACCUUUCCUGCAAAGAAUAAAUAUUUCUUUUUUUAUAUAA